UCUCAUUUCCUGUCCAUUUAGUUUUAUCUGAUGACCGCUGUCUUUUUUUAGAGCUAUUUUUGUAUCAUAAUAGGAAAAUUUGGUUACUCACACCUUUUCGAUGCUUAUGGCUCAUACAUUGCAGACCUAUAAUCCUAUACAGGUUUCAGAGUCAAAACGAGAGCAGUUUCGGAGGUAUUUGGAAAAGAAUAAUGUCCUUGACUCCCUGACUAAUGUGCUGGUCGCUUUGUGCCAGGACGAGGACAAACCCCAUGAUGCUUUGCACUUUGUGCGCCAGCGCCUGGACAUGUCCCGCGUCGCCAGUCCCGAGGCACAGACACUGAGCUUGGAGCUUACGGAGCUACAGCGAAAGCACCAGCAUCUCCUUGAGGAAAACAAAGAUCUGAGAAACAGGCUCCUGCAGUAUGAACUGGCUCCAGAGGACAGUAGAGACUGAAACUCACCCUGGUCACUGCGGCUAUGCUGGCACUGGUGACUCUGGACUGAAAACAUGGUGAAUCGAAUAGGAUUCAUAUUUCAGUCACUUAAAGGGUCUGAUUUUCUGUUGUUGAUAUACAACUGAUAUUGAAAACAAUAAAUACCUUUUGCAUCACCGA